CUGUCUGGAGCCCGGCGGCGGCGGCGGCGGCGGCAGCGGUGGCGGCGCAGGCACCGGGAGCGGCACCAUGAGCGGACCACAGAACAAUGACCUGAAAAGACAGUUUCUGCUGGAGCGUCUGCUGGAUGCAGUGAAACAGUGCCAGAUCCGCUUUGGAGGGAGAAAGGAGAUCGCCUCAGAUUCUGACAGCAGGGUAACCUGUCUGUGUGCCCAGUUUGAGGCCGUCCUGCAGCAUGGCCUGAAGAGGAGCCGGGGAUUAGCACUAACGGCGGCUGCGAUCAAACAGGCAGCAGGCUUUGCCAGCAAGACCGAAACAGAGCCGGUGUUCUGGUUCUAUGUGAAGGAGGUCCUCAGCAAGCACGAGCUGCCUCGCUUCUACUCCCUGCACCACAUUGCCUCGGAUGUGGGCCGCGGCCGGGCCUGGCUGCGCUGUGCCCUCAAUGAACACUCUCUGGAGCGCUACCUGCACAUGCUCCUGGCCGACCGUAGCAGGCUCAGCACUUUUUAUGAAGACUGGUCUUUUGUGAUGGAUGAAGAAAGAUCUAGCAUGCUUCCUACCAUGGCAGCAGGUCUGAACUCUAUCCUCUUCGCAAUUAACAUCGACAACAAGGAUUUGAAUGGGCAGAGUAAGUUUGCUCCCACCGUCUCAGACCUCUUAAAGGAGUCAACACAGAAUGUGACCUCCUUGCUGAAGGAAUCCACACAAGGAGUGAGCAGCCUUUUCAGGGAGAUCACAGCAUCCUCUGCUGUCUCCAUCCUCAUCAAACCUGAGCAGGACACCGACCCCCUGCCUGUUGUGUCCAAGCAUGUCAGCGCUGAUGCCAAAUGUAAAAAGGAGCGGAAGAAGAAAAAGAAGGUGACCAACAUUAUCUCAUUUGAUGAUGAGGAAGAGGAGCAGAACUCUGGUGAUGUUUUUAAAAAGAUACCCGGGGCAGGGGAGAGCUCAGAGGAGAACUCAGACCGCUCCUCCAUCAAUAUCAUGUCUGCCUUUGAAAGCCCCUUUGGCCCAAAUUCCAACGGAAGUCAGAGCAGCAGCUCAUGGAAAAUCGAUUCUCUAUCUCUGAAUGGGGAGUUUGGGUACCAGAAGCUCGAUGUGAAAAGCAUUGAUGAUGAAGAUGUGGAUGACAACGAGGAUGAUGUGUAUGGGAACAUGUCAGGAAGGAAGUGCCUGGGCCAUUCAGGGUCACCUGAGAAGCCGCUGGAUGGGAACACCCACCUCUCCCAGAUGCACAGCUGGGCUCCUCUGCAGGUGCUGCACGGUGAUGCCGAAGUCCUCUUUCCGGUCAGCGGAGUGGGCUCCUACAGCCCUGCAGAUGCCCCCCUCGGAAGCCUGGAGAACGGGACAGGACCAGAGGACCACAUUCUCCCGGAGCCCAGCCCCCGGUACAGUGUGGAAGCCAGUCCUCCCGGCCAGGGAAGCCCUCUGAGCAGCCUGUUACCUUCUGCCUCCGUGCCAGAGUCGAUGACAGUUAGUGAACUUCGACAAGCCAUCGUGGCCAUGAUGAACAGGAAAGACGAGCUGGAAGAGGAGAACAGGUCUUUGCGGAACCUGCUUGACGGUGAGAUGGAGCACUCUGCGGCCCUGCGGCAGGAGGUGGACACCUUGAAAAAGAAGGUGGCUGAGCAGGAAGAGAGGCACGUCCUGAAGAUCCAGGCGCUGGCAAGAGAAAACGAGGUGCUCAAAGUCCAACUGAAGAAAUACGUUGGAGCUGUCCAGAUGCUGAAAAGAGAAGGUCAGACAGCUGAAGUUGUACCAAAUCUUUGGAACGUUGAUGGAGAAGUUACAGUCACUGAGCAGAAGCCGGGUGAAGUGGCCGAGGAGCUGGCGAGCUCCUAUGAAAGAAAACUCAUCGAGGUGGCGGAGAUGCACGGUGAGCUGAUUGAAUUCAACGAACGCCUGCACAGGGCUCUGGUGGCCAAGGACGCCCUCGUGUCUCAGAUGAGGCAGGAACUCAUUGACCUGCGGGGACCGGUGCCUGGAGAUUUGAGUCAAACAUCUGAAGACCAGAGUUUGUCGGAUUUUGAAAUAUCAAACCGGGCACUGAUCAAUGUGUGGAUCCCGUCAGUGUUUCUCCGGGGCAAAGCAGCGAACGCCUUUCACGUCUAUCAGGUCUACAUCCGGAUAAAAGACGAUGAAUGGAAUGUCUAUCGGCGGUACACAGAGUUUAGGAGUUUGCACCACAAGUUGCAGAACAAAUACCCUCAAGUGAGGGGCUACAGCUUCCCACCCAAAAAGGCCAUUGGAAACAAGGAUGCCAAGUUUGUGGAGGAGCGGAGGAAGCAGCUCCAGAACUACCUGCGCAGCGUCAUGAACAAGGUCAUCCAGGUGGCUCCCGAGUUUGCCGCCAGCCCCAAGAAGGAGACCCUCGUGCAGCUGAUGCCCUUCUUUGUUGACAUUACCCCUCCUGGAGAACCACUGACCAAGAACAGCCGCCCCAAAGUGGCUUCCCGCUUCCCCAAGCUGUCCCGAGGUCACCCCAGAGAGACCCGCAACGUGGAGCCCCAGAGCGGCGACCUCUGACCUCAGCCGAACCCCAGACUUGGGCCCUCUGUGCUGCGCCAGCUGCCUCUGCCCAGCCCCUCCGCGUCUGACCUGGCCACCGCAGCUGGCCCCUCCGCCCUGGAGUGACCACCACGUCCACCUGGCGAUCCCCCGGAGAGCACACCUUCCCCAGCAGUCCUUGACACUGAUUAAACUGGUCAGUCUCAGAGGGCAAGGAGGCUCCUCGCCGGACAGAUUCGGACGCACGGGCACCCUCCCGGGGUCGGCCCGUUCCCUCCCUCCAGCUCAGGGGCCAGCAGGAAGGUGGGCGCCCCGUGGAGCUCGGAGCCCCUGGGUGGAGAUGCACAACUGAGGUUGGUCAGCAGCCACCUCUUGACUCCUUCCCCCGUGGGAAUCAGGAUGACUGUUACCCUUCUUUUUCUUUUCAUGUAACUGCCUGCUACAACCUAUGGACGCAUGCAGUUAGAGCGGGGAGGUCCUGUGCCUCCCCGUUUUACUCCCUACCAGUGGCCCGAAGACACCCUGGUUGUAGAAAUUGUGGCCAGUGGCAGCUCACGUGGCCUCCUCAAGGGAGACAGCCCCAUGACUUUCUCGUGAAGGAGCCACGAGUGACGCUGAACUGGGGUGCUUAGAGCACUGCCCCCGAGCUCCCCAGGUGGGCUCUGGAGGGGCCAGCCCGCAGCGGCAGCCUGGUGACCCCAGGUUGGAGAGCCCAGGUUGUCCAGAACUCUGGGGCCUGACCUCACAAGCCACGAGGUCUCGAGGUCGUGGGAGAGGCUUGGGGCCCUCGGCGCAGCCCCCCGUGAGCUUAGAACAGAUCACGGUCCUUGCUGACAGAUGCGUCCCCACACCCCGUGCCCCCACCCCAACCCACGCAGCCCUGCCCAGCCCCGGCACUGCCCGGCAGCUGGCUCCAUAGACGGCAGCAUCCCGGAGCAUGUGCUUAGCCGCAGAGUGCAGCCAGGAGCUCGGGUUCCGGGGAAGGACCGAGCAGCCCCGUGGGUGCAACAGCAGCCUGAGGCAGGUGGAGAGGGCAAAGCAUGCACGGACGCUCCCCAAAACAGUUUCAGCUCCCACCUGGGACUGAGGAAACCUCUGGAAAGCCUCACCUGAAAGGUUUCUGCUGUGCAUCCCCGGCGGCCAGAAGGAAGAAGAAAGGAUUCAGGGCAGUCACAGGAAGCUGAGGUGACAUUGGGACCAGAGGCCACGUGAGCAGGAUGAACCCGCUGUCCUCCGUGGGCCGAGGGGACCUGAGACACCGUGUCCCUGAAAGGCAAUACAGGGUUGCUUCCUUUAAGCUCCGGGUCCCACGGGGCCGGUUGGUCCCCUCCCAGGCUGCACGAGCACAGUUGUCCUGGACAGAGCCAACCCUGAAGGCUCAAGCUGCCCCAGUCCUGCUUCCCGAGGGUGGUUUACUGCUCCCCACGACGCCGGCUGGGAGACUGCCCCUGCACUGCCUGUCUCCUGUGUUCCCCUUGGAGACAGAGGGGAGCCUCUGUGGCUCACGUCCCCCAUGGCUGAGGGUUCUGCUCAACCAGCCUGUUUGAGCACUGGACCCACAACACCCUGAGUGUGAAUCUAGCUUCACCUUCUCCAAAAUCCCCACCAGAAACCUUCGACAUUCUGCAGAGGUUAAAAAAAAAAAAAAAGUGCCCAUAGUAAGGGACAGAUGCUAAGCCUUGAGAAAUAAUGACACACUCAGCCUGUAUUUACAAAAGGAGAAACUGCCUAUUUUUUUUAAAGCUUAAUUGUUCAUGGAAAACUUGCCCUGCUCUCCUGAAAUCAGAUGGAAGAGCAUGUUCCUGGGACCACACGUGAACCAUCCGGGCUGCUUGCUCUGUGCACUCCCUUCUCGUGAUGUGGUGGGAAUCUUAGAACCACGUUCAGCACACAGGCCACCUCCCCAAUUUCAGCUCAGAUAUACAUGUGACACACACAUGACACUAACUCCUUAAAGCCUUAACUCUGGAGUCAUAGAAUGUUCUGCAGUGGUACAUCCAUCCAGCUGCUCAGAUACCACCGCUCCCUAGUGUGGUGGGAUGGACACAGAGCAGGGGAAGAACCAGACCCAGGUCCAGCCGGGUGCAGACUACAAUGUGAUGCACAAAAUGCUCCCCCCGGCCCCCCCACGCCAUGUCGUCUGCUGCCCUUCCAUCUGACCCAGUUCAGAGGGCUGGCUGGCCCCUGCCCUGCACACCACCCACUCAGCCCCAUGACUCGUCAGAGGGAAAGACAGUGCUAUGGAGAGAACCCGCAGAUGUUGCUCCUGUCUCUUGGAUCCAGGAAGAGGACCCAUUGGUGCCUCCAAAGUUAGCACCUGAGGAAGGCUGCGGGGCCCACCCGGGAUAGCGCAUCACAUCCCCUGGCAGGCACCUGGCAGUCACCUGUAACACCAAGAGCCACCACCUCCAGGGCUUUCUGGCUACAAAGGGAUCACCUGGUCAAGACAAAACCAUCUUCUGAGUCGUCCCUAGCAAAAGAGGGAGGGACACGGAUGAAGUCUGCGGGCACACGCUCUGCUCCACAGCGACGCUCCUGAGCUCCCAGCUGACUGCUCCGUUGUCGGCAGUAGCAGGGUGUGGGUCAUGCCUUUGAAAACCAGAGGCAAUCACAGCUGUUGACAUUCGCAGCCUAGCACAGCUGCAGAUCCUGCCCAGAGGCCACCGUCAGGGGAGGCCUCAGGGUCAGGACCAGGAACAGAGUUCCCAGCCAGCCCCGCGGAUCAGAAGCUGCCCUGCUUACUUCCCAGCCCCCAGAACUGGGUCUCUGGCUGGAACACACUAGUUUUCUCUUUUUCUCAGCUCCACAGGGGACCGUUCACUCACCUGAGGCCCCGGGCACAGGGCCCCAACCGCCCCCCAGCUGCCCACUUUCAGCCAGGGUACCAGCCAGGCCUGGUCCUCCGGGGUACCAGCAGGCUCCCCUCCCCAUCAGUCUCCUCAUGCCUCAGCCCGGCUCCCUCGUAUGGCACCAGAACCCAUCCCCUGUGGGGCACUCCACUCCCGAGAGGCCCUCUUACAGCCUGCAGCUGCCAGUGGAAGACCCGGCAAGGCCCCGCCUGCCCAGAAACAGCAGACCAGCCAGCAGGCAGCCCCGGAACGGGUGCACCUCCAUCUCAGUUUCAACCCCAAAGGCAAUAAUCGUCUUGACCUUUCCCCAGUGCUUGACUCAGGACUGCACCACACAUUGGGCUCUGCCCCCAGCUGGGGACGCGGUAGACAGAGGGUGCUUCCGGCAGGCAGGCAUCUAUCUGCUCAUGAGCAGGGUCUUGGACAACGAUUAUUUUUCAAAAUAUUUUGCAUUGUUUCAUUAAAGCUAACAUUAAAUAUUUGCUGUUGGGUUUGGCUUCUGUGCUAAUUUUGCACAAUUGUAGCACUGUAUAUUUUAUCUAACAUUUCUGUGCCAAAAAGUUCGUCUUCAUGUUUCUGUAACACGUGGUUUUGAUUAGGUUUCUAAAAUAAAAUUUCAGCUACUGGAUCAGCAGGGAUGAGGGUAGAGGUGCGCUCAGACCCCACCAGCUCUGGGCUCCUCCUGCUGCUGCCCAGAUGCACCUGCUCAAUUCAAUGCUGUGUCUCUCACCUGCCCCCCAGCCAGGAAGCACUGUGGUGUACGGGCCUGCUUGUGACCCUCUUGGGCAAGGAGCCUCUACUCUUGCAGCAAAAUCUUAACACGUCGCAUGGGCUUCCUCACAUACCUAAUGAGUUUCUUUAGGGAAAAACAAAAAUCUGAUUUCUCUAAAGGAUGGCUGAGCACCUCAUUGGUAGAAAAUGCCGAAUUCACUAGUGUUUGGAGGUCCAGGGGUUCUGUUCUUAUGGGCACAUGAAUGCUUCUCCAUCACGACUGGAAAACCACUAGCUGACCUGCCCCCCUCAGAGCCUGAUCAGGUCUAGCUUCCUGCCUUCCCAAACUGCAGGCAGAGAGGCCACCCGUUCACUUUUAGAGGUUCUUCCCACCGUCAAUAGACAACCAUGGAGGGGAGAGGCGCUUGCAAAAAAUUGGGACGGAGGCCACGGAAGGAUACAAGACCACAGACUGCACAUUUGCACCCAGGAUCACUGAGAGGAACCUGGACAACAUGCAUUUCCAAGGGAGGGGGGAGUGGAGCUCGUUAGGAUGUUUUCUUAUCUAGGAUUCAGCCUAGAAAGAACGUCUUUACCUCUGCAGCCUCAGCUUCACCAUCGCUGGCAUCACUUUGCUCACCUUAGCAGGUACGGACUUCCUGGAGGAGGGAGACUUGUGAAUGCAGGAGCAGGGGGCCCAGCGGGGAGGCUGUCUACCCUGAAGGGUCUCCCGCCACUGACCGGGUCCCUGUGAGCCCUCUGCUGGGAGGAAUAUGGCCACAUAUUGGGAGUCGAGUCCACUGUCUGGAUGCACGUGGGGCCUAACAGUCCGCAUAUUUGCUCUGAAACGUGUAGUAUUAUGUUAACUACCCUUUUAUGUUAAGGUUUACACAAUAGGAUUUUUAAACAAAUGUGUUUAAUUUUCUAAAGUCUCUUGUAUUAAUCUUUUCUUUUGGAAUAAGCUGUGGUAAUUUUGUUACAAUCUGGUUCAGAUACACCUCUUUACAAUGAAAAUAAAAAGUCACAUUUUAUAAAUUAG